UUUUUUCGCACUAACUGAAGUAUAGAAAUACCUAUAGCCAAGCUCUGCUUUAUUCCAUUUUCAUUUGAAGCUAAAUAAACCCGCAUAAAAACUUUCAUAUAAAAACCCUAAAUUAAUUUCAUCUGUCCACAAACCGACAUAAACAAUUAUACGUGUUGCAGCCUUUGCUAAGGUUCUCGUCAACUUAAAUGAGCAAUCUCGACAUUCCCAAAAAGAUUGAUGUAUGGUCUGUUCAAGCGAUGAUUGGUAGAGGUACUUUUGGCGGUGUUUUCUUGGUCAGGACGAAAGUUAAGGACAGCAACGAGCUUAACUAUGCGGCAAUGAAGGUGGAGUCACUCAGAAGGAAUCGUGAGGAGGAAGUUUUGGAGGCUGAGCUUUAUGUUUUGUUAAAGAUGCAAGGCAUUUCAUCUUUUUGUACGAUAUACAAAUAUGGACGGAUUGAUAAGUUGAUUUAUGUUGUGAUGACACUCCUCGGACAGGACAUAGGUGAACUUCGCCGGAUGCAGCCAAGGCGCAGAUUCUCAGCAGCUACAACUCUUCGAAUAGGAAUCCAGCUUUUAAAGGCUCUUUGCGCUCUACACAGUGAAGGAUUCGUCCACCGAGAUCUUAAACCUGCUAGUAUCGCCGUGGGACAUAAAUCACCGGAUGUUAUCUAUCUCUUCGAUUUUGGAUGGGCACACUACAUUUAUAGAGAUAAUGCAAAGACAGAACUUAAACAACCGCGAGAAAGGAUUCCUUUUUGUGGCACUUAUCGUUACUGUUCGUUGAACGCGCAAAUGUGUAUGGAACAAGGAAGAGUUGAUGAUCUUUGGAGCGUUCUGGUGUGUUUUAAUUUUGUAGACGUUGUUAAUAAACUUUUGCAGUUUAUACUGGCCGAGUGCCGAAGGCGGAAGUUGCCUUGGAGCAAAAAUACAAAAGACGAAUGCCAGCGCGUAAAGGAAUGGCCUGAGCUUGCCGAAAACCUACUUGAAGGAUGUCCCCCUUCAUUGACCGUUAUUUUUGAAAACUUGAAUUUGCUUGGAUUUUUUGACAGGCCAGACUACGAAUUAUUUAUUCAGUGGCUUGAGGAUGAUUUGGAGACAGACCCAGGAGACAACAAAAACGUUUUUGAUUGGCAACGUGAGGGUUAUUCCGCGGAAAGAGUCAAGAUCGAUGAAAUGACUGGAAGUGAUACUCAGGCAAGUUUACAGAAAAAUGUUUGA